CCCGCCCUGUGGGGAAGCGGCAGGGCUCGGGGUGCCGGGGCUCCUGGUGCCCGCCCCGCCCUGUGGGGAAGCGGAAGGGUUCGGGGUGCCGGGGCUCCGGGUGCCCGCCCCGCCCUGUGGGGAAGCGGCAGAGUUCGGGGUGCCGGGGCUCCGGGUGCCCGCCCUGUGGGGAAGCGGCAGGGUUCGGGGUGCCGGGGCUCCGGGUGCCCGCCCCGCUCUGUGGGGAAGCGGCAGGGUUCGGGGUGCCGGGGCUCCGGGUGCCCGCCCCGCCCUGUGGGGAAGCGGAAGGGUUCGGGGUGCCGGGGCGGCCCCGCUCCCGCUGCCAUGGCGCGGCCGCCCCGCCGAGGCUGAGGGAGCCGCCAUGGCCGCCGCGCUGCGGGCCGCGCUCUGCAGCGGGCUGCUGCUCCUCGUUUCUGGAAUGGUCCCAGAGCCCCGGAAUGUGAGAAUUUCUUCAGUCAAUCUUCACAGCACCUUGCAGUGGGAUGCACCAAGGUUCCCCAGAGGAAACCUCACCUACACUGUCCAGUCCAAGAGCAUCUACUACCCUGGGGACACCUAUGAGACCCUGGGGACAGACCUGAGGCUGCCCCAGUGUGACGUGUCCUCGCUGUCACCCUACGGCAACUACGUGCUGCGGCUGCGGGCCGAGGCGGGGCAGCUGCACUCCCCCUGGGUCAGCCUCACCUUCAAGCCCAUGGAUGACACCACCAUCGGUGCCCCCGAGGUGCGGCUGCGCUCGGAGGCGGGGGCGCUGCACGUGGAUCUCUCGGGGCCCUUUGCGGAGCACGGCCAGGACCGCUGGUCCCUGGGGCUCUACUACGGCUCCUGGAGCUACAGGAUCCUCUACUGGAAGAGGGGCAGCCCAGACACAGACCCGGCCUCUGCUUCCUGGGCAGCCCAGGUGGACACCAGGCACAGCUCUGAGAUCCUGGCCCAGCUGGAGCCAUGGACAGUUUACUGUGUCCGAGUGCAGGCGCUGAUUCCCGAGUGGAACAAGACAGGGCAGCUGAGCAGGGAGCUCUGUGAGCAGACAACCCACAAUGGUGUGACCCCUGUGUGGAUAAUUGUGACUGUUCUGGUGGGCUCCAUGCUGGUCGUGGGCACAGCUGUCACCGUUUGUUUCUUCUCCAGUUUUUAUCUGUACAGACUCAUCAAACAUGUUUUCUGCCCUUCCUACAUUUUCCCAGAACACUUGAAAGAGUUCAGAACUGUUUCCUCUGAGGGCACUGGGGUGAGCAGAGGCAUGGAGCAGCUCUGUGAGUUUCUGAGCAAACCCCCUGGUGCUCCACAGCCUUUCCCUCCACGAGAAGAGCUCCUGGUUUGUGACCAGCUGACAGUGAUUUCAGAGCAACCCCAAACCCUCCCUGCAGGGACUGGGGAUGGGGCCAGCAGGACAGCAGAGCUCCCUCGGGACUCUGCACAAGGAGACUGACUCAGGAGUGGGAGCAGCCUCAGGAAAAGCCCAGAUAUCCUCCUCGUUCUUCCUUGGAAAAGGAGAAGCAGUUGGACUUUUGGGUUUGUCUCAUUGCUGUUUUCCAGCAGGAAGAACCCACAGACAAACACGGGGUCAGAGACUUCUGACAGAAUCAUUUUAUUUUUUGAAGUACAAGAAACUUGGCUCUAAAUGAUGAAUUAAAUGAUCCAUAACUUUUGCCA